GAGGCCGGGUGAGGCGGCGAGGGCAGCCCGACGGGCGCGGGACGGGACGGGGCAGCGCGGGCGCCGGGAGCCGCGGCCCGGAGUCGGAGCACCUCGCCCCGGGCCCCCCAGCAUGAAGACCCCGGCGGACACAGGGUUUGCCUUCCCGGAUUGGGCCUACAAGCCGGAGUCGUCCCCUGGCUCGAGGCAGAUCCAGCUGUGGCACUUUAUCCUGGAGCUGCUUCGGAAAGAGGAGUACCAGGGCGUCAUCGCCUGGCAGGGGGACUACGGGGAGUUUGUCAUCAAGGACCCUGAUGAGGUGGCCCGGCUCUGGGGCGUCCGCAAGUGCAAGCCCCAGAUGAAUUACGACAAGCUGAGCCGGGCCCUGCGCUAUUAUUACAACAAACGCAUUCUGCACAAGACCAAGGGGAAACGGUUUACCUACAAGUUCAACUUCAACAAACUGGUGCUGGUUAAUUACCCUUUUAUCGAUGUGGGGUUGGCUGGGGGUGCUGUGCCCCAGAGUGCCCCACCAGUGCCGUCGGGCAGCAGCCACUUCCGCUUCCCUCCCUCGACGCCCUCUGAGGUGCUGUCCCCGACCGAGGACCCACGCUCACCACCGGCCUGCUCUUCAUCCUCAUCCUCACUCUUCUCAGCUGUGGUGGCCCGCCGCCUGGGCCGAGGCUCUGUCAGUGACUGUAGUGAUGGCACAUCAGAGCUGGAGGAGCCGCUAGGAGAGGACCUCCGGGCCCGACCACCUGGCCCUCCGGAGCUGGGUGCCUUCCGAGGGCCCCCCCUGGCCCGCCUGCCCCAUGACCCUGGCGUCUUCCGUGUCUACCCCCGGCCCCGGGGAGGCCCUGAACCCCUCAGCCCCUUCCCUGUGUCACCUCUGGCCGGGCCUGGCUCUCUGCUCCCCCCUCAGCUCUCACCGGCUCUGCCUAUGACGCCCACCCACCUGGCCUACACACCCUCGCCCACGCUGAGCCCUAUGUACCCCAGUGGUGGCAGUGGCCCCAGCGGCUCAGGAGGAGGCUCCCACUUCUCCUUCAGCCCUGAGGACAUGAAACGGUACCUGCAGGCCCACACCCAAAGCGUCUACAACUACCACCUCAGCCCCCGCGCUUUCCUGCACUACCCUGGGCUGGUGGUGCCCCAGCCCCAGCGCCCUGACAAGUGCCCGCUGCCGCCAGUGGCACCUGAGACCCCACCAGUCCCCUCCUCGGCCUCGUCCUCCUCUUCUUCCUCUUCUUCCCCAUUCAAGUUUAAGCUCCAGCCACCCCCGCUAGGACGCCGGCGGGCAGCUGGGGAGAAGGCUCCAGUAGGUGCCGACAAGGGCAGUGUUGGCAUUGGCAUUGGCAGUGGCACAGGCGGGCUGGCUGAGGGGGCUGGGGUGCUGGCCCCGCCACCACCACCACCGCAGAUCAAGGUGGAGCCUAUCUCGGAAGGCGAGUCGGAGGAGGUGGAGGUGACUGACAUUAGUGAUGAGGAUGAGGAAGAUGGGGAGGUGUUCAAGACACCCCGUGCCCCACCUGCGCCCCCCAAGCCUGAACUGGGCGACACACCUGGGGCAGCCCAGUGCAUGCCCCUCAAGCUGCGCUUUAAGCGGCGCUGGAGUGAAGACUGUCGCCUGGAGGGGGGUGGAGGCCCUGCUGGGGGCCUUGAGGAUGAGGGUGAGGACAAGAAGGUGCGUGGGGAGGUGCCCCGGGAGGCUGGGGGACCACUCACCCCAAGGCGGGUGAGCUCUGACCUCCAGCAUGCCACGGCCCAGCUCUCCCUGGAGCACCGAGAUUCCUGAGGGCUGUGGGCAGGGGACUCACGUUUCCCUCCCCACCCCCCAUGCUUCUUUUGCUGCCUUAACCACCCCCCCCCCCCAUGCCCUGGAGGUGAGGAUAACUCUCUAGUCUCUUCCUUGCCUCCUCCCUUUUUCCUCCCCACAUUUUGUAUAAAACUUUAAUUUCUUUUUUUUAAU